CACAGCUGCAGCAGCCGGCCGCCUCACAUGUCUCCUGUCUGUGCGCUCCUCCUGAGUGGGCUGCUAAAGAAGCGGAUAUGCCCCGGUGCCACGGGAGACUGACGCGCUCUCUGUCUUCCUCUCCUCCGCUAAUGGUCCUCUUAGGGAGUUAUGGUCAGUAAGGAGCCAGGCCGCUACACUCUGUCAAGCUCAGAGUCUGACUCGGAGUCCGGUGGUCCUUCACUGGGAGGAGAGAGCGGUGGUGGAGUGGACGCUGUACGCAAGCGAAACAAAGCCCUGCAGGUGCGCUUCAAAGACAUCUGCGAGGCGCAGAAUGAGGUCGCCCAUCGAAGUGCCAGAAACCGAUCCGUUUCCUGCAAGAUCAUCCACAGGCGGUACAUGACCAUGCCAGCACGCCGCUCCAUCCCCAAUGUCACCAAAAGCACAGGUGUGCAAACCUCUCCAGACUCGAAGAAGCAUUACCAGACUUUCCCCUUCGAACGCAAGAAGGGGAACAUCAUUAAACACACUGCUCAGGUGGAAAAAUACCCAGAUCACAAUAAUGGGUUCCUGAGUGACGUAAGGGGUGGGGAGGAAGGGGCACGGCAAUGUGACGGCAGGGUGCAACAGACCAGAGUACUACUUCACAGUACGCCGCAGUGUAUCGCUGCCAAGGAAUUAUGUUUUGGGCCUGACUGUCCAGAUAGAAAACUCUGCCCUGAUCCAUCGCACCAGGGCAGAGAUACAAACACAAUUUCAGAUCAGUUGGACUCAAGGAGAGAGGGCAACAUCCCAGAGAGUGGGGUCAAGCACAAAGGAUUACCUGGUGAAAGUGAGGUAGGGGCAGGGCAGCAGUCAAACUGUGCCAAGAGUGCCUCCUCUAGCACAUCAACUCAACCUCUACAGACCAGGGGUGACUGUUCAAAGAUUUCUGGACCUAUCGCAUGGACAUCUUUGACACAAGUGGAAUGCCUAGAGAGUCCCUCAGGAAGCUGCAAACGCAAAAAAGACUUGACGCAGUUGAACGGCUUGCAGGCGCGAUCUCAGGCUUUGCCGCAUUCAGCUAGCUGUGCCUCCCAGGCCCACAUGCAGGCUCACUGUCAAAGUAGUAAAAGCUCAAGUACCACUGAGUCAUGGCAGGGCACAGCAGGACAGUUGAUUGCUCUCCCUGGAGUAGAUGGGAAUGUGAAAGCCAGGCUUCAAGCUAUGGAGUCUUUGAUCAGCUCUAGUCGAGAAACCAUCAAAGUGCUGCUGGGGGUCAUUCAGGAGCUGGAAAGAGGAGAGGCGCAGCGAGAGGGACUUUCAUAUCGAACUGGGCAAGAUACAGCCAACUGUGACACAUGUCGUAACAGUGCCUGCAUCAUAUACAGUGUGGAACUAGAUUUUAAACUUCAGGAGGACAAACUGCAGCCCUUAAUGAAGAGACUGUGUCCAUUAGAGGAGCUGACCUACCCCUCUCUGCCUUACACACAUGAGGUGUUCACCUCCACUCCCAAACGCAAGUCCAAGAAGCACGCUCGCUGGAAACUCUGGUUCCUUUAACAUACACCUAGGAAUUUGUUUGGAUUUGGGAUCUCUGCACCAUCAGACCACCACAACAAGCAAAUUCUUGUGGAAUUCUGCUUUUCUUAUUGGAUAAACAUGGUGACUUGGUGGCUCACUGCUAUCCACUGUUUGGAUUUUAAUAAGGAAUACCAGUUGUUUUCUAAUAAUGACCCUCUAAUAAACCUUCUGAGUUUGGGAACUAUUGAAUUCACCUGCACUCAGAUUUUCCAAAAGGAUUACACUGUGCUCCUUAGUUUUAGACAUGUUUGCAAGGGGGCCAGAAGAGCUGAAAAGAAACGUCAAAGUGAAAUGCUUGUUUUGCCACAAAACUACUUUGGAGUCGUACAUCAAAGGCAUCUAAUCAGCAAAGCACAA